UUCCACUUGUGUGAACCGUCCCACCAUUCACGAGAUCUGCAGCCGCAGGGAAGAUGUAGGGAAGUUAGCGGCGAAAAGCCAUAAAAGGGGAAGCAUGCGCCCCCUCUCUUCUGAUCGAAGCUUUCUUCGUCAACUCUUCCCCUUCUCUCCUUUCGAAAAUGGUCUCUCUUCGCUUCACCCUUGCUACCGUCGUCUUUGCGGCCAUGGUCUCGGCCAUGCCCGCCGCCGUCGAGAAGCGUCUGGCAGCCGCCCCCUCCCCUACGAUCCCUCCGGGAUUCAAUGACACGGGCUCUGGAUGCUUCGACGCUGGAGACUGCUUCGCCUACCAGUAUCCUGACUUUGCCGCCCAGUGCAUCUCGGGCAAGUGCUACGUUCCCAUCAGCCGUUCGAACCCCUACAACCUGCCUACGCUCCCUGCCGGUGGCGCGCCCUCCUCGUCGGCCCCCAAGGCUGCCGCCACGGCCAUGUAGAUGUCACUUGCUUGAAGUCACCCUCCGUCCUCAGUUUGAAUCAAAACGCUUCGCAAGCCU